AUGAUCAAUGUAACAGGCGUCGCGGCGUACGUGAGUGCAUUGUACACUAUACCGAGACAACUACCAUUCCGUGCAUGGUAUCCGAUUGAUUGGCGACAUGACGAAAGGCGUUACUGGAUAGUUUACACUUAUCAAGUGGUGGGUAUGAUUAUGCAGGCAAAUUUAAACAUUUGCAUCGAGAUUUUUCCGGGUUAUCUGAUGUACAUGGCACGUGUGAAAAUGGAGGUUUUGAGUUUAAGAUUGGAACGGAACUACAGCGAUGUGAAGACAUCACCGCGAGAGAGUGUCACCGAAUUUUCGUUUUACUCAUUUUUUUUGGUGGCACUGGUCACUCAAAUAUUUCUGCCAUGUUUCCUGGGAAAUGAGAUUAUUUUCACCAGCAGUGGUCUACUCAAUUCAGCAUAUAAUUCAUCGUGGGAAAUCAUGGUCGGUGAUUACAGAAAGUUAUUGGUAAUCUUUAUGGAACGUCUGGAGCAGUCCAGUCGCAUUGUGGUCGGAAAAUUGUUUCCAUUAAGUCUGGACACCUUCACAUCGAUCAUUUACUUUGCGUAUCGUUUGUAUGCGGUGAUUAGCAAUACGAAAUGA